AUGUCACCCACACGCGCCAUCCUUGACAGCCACAUCCACCUCUGGCCUGCCUCAGCUGCAGAUGAGAACGGUCACGCAUGGAUGAACGAUCCUGAUUUCAUCCUCUCAAAACAACACAUCCUCUCCGACUACACAACCGCAUCAUCCCCAUGUCCUCCCGCUGGCGUCAUUUACGUCGAAACGGAUCGUCGAUUGCAGGAUCCAUCUUCGGCUCCACUCGAGACUUGGGCUGCUGAGACUAUCAAAGAACUGCAGUUUCUACGCACCAUUGUCGAGGGUGAAUACGGUGCCGAAGCCUCGAAUCUGCUACAGGGCAUUGUGGCAUGGGCUCCCGUGAACCAAGGUCCAAAAGUGUUUCAACAAUGGCUGGACGUGGCCGAAAAGACCACCGGUCCUCGGACUUGGGAACGCGUAAAGGGUUUCCGGUUUUUAUUGCAAGCCAUCAGGGAUAGAGCCGAGUUCGAGGACUUGGUAUUGAGUGACGACUUCAUCGCCAUCUUGAGGUCAUUCUCACACCGAGACAAGAAAUUCACUUUCGAUGUCGGAAUCGACCAAUGCAGCGGCGGCACCUGGCAACUGGAAAGCUUCACAAAAGUCUUGGAGAAACUCUACGACGCCGUACCGGAAGACAAGAGAACAACGUUGGUCUUGAACCACAUGUGCAAACCAGAAUAUACAUCUACAUCCUCCGACCCCUUUUCACGGUGGAAAAACUGUAUCGAGACAUUUGCUUCUUACCCUCGAGUCUAUAUGAAACUGUCAGGCGCCUUUUCCGAACUCAGCAAAGAUGCCUCUCCAGUCGACACUGCAGAUCCCAAGGAGUUGGCAACCAGAAUACAGCCAUGGACGGAUGUCGUCUUUGAUGCAUUCGGCCCGCAGAGGAUCAUGUUUGGAAGUGACUGGCCUGUAUGUAACGUCAAAGGACCGAAAGAAGAGGGAAGCUGGCCUGUUUGGACAAACGUUGUAGAAGAAGUGUUGACCCGAAGGAACUGUACGGAACAAGAAAAGGAAAGAGUAUGGAGUGGAACAGCCAAAGAGGCAUACGCCCUGUGA